CCACUCCACUUAUACUCAUAAUUCUUCAAUCCUAUUUACACACUCUUUGUUACACUAAAAAGACUUUUCAACCUUUAUCAAAUUAGAGAGAGAGAGAGAAACAAAAAAACACUAUUCAUCCGUACAACAUAAAUUUUCCACUUUUACACUAUUAAUCAAUUUCAACCUCUUGUUUCCUUUUCUCCAACUUCUCCAAUCUCAUCAAUCAUCUCUUUAUUCUCUACCUAUACUACACAGAUAAGGAAAAUUUCAUCAUGUCACCUUCUUCAUCUUCCUCUAUAAUAUCACUUCCUCAUGAAAAUGAAAACCCUUCACCACAAACCCUAACCCUUCAACAAAAACUUCAAUUUCUAGUCCAAACCCAAUCCGAAAAUUGGGUCUAUGCUAUUUUAUGGCAAACAACAAAAGAUGAAAAAGGUAAACCUCUCUUAUCUUGGGGUGAAGGCUAUUUUCAAGGAACCAAAGAAACAACAAAUUCAAACAAACAAAACGACAGUAACACGUGUGCAAACAAAGAUGCUGAAUGGUUCUAUGUGAUGUCGUUGACUCGGAUUUUUUCCAUAGGUAAUGCUUCUUCAAUUUCAUUACCUGGUAAAUCUUUUGCUUUAGAUUCUGUUCUUUGGUUGAAUAGUAAACAUGAACUGCAAAUCUAUAACUGUGAAAGAUCCAAUGAAGCACACGUGCAUGGAAUUGAAACAUUGAUUUGUAUUCCGACAACUAACGGUGUAAUCGAAAUGGGUUCUUACGAUAAUAUCCAACAAAAUUGGAACCUAGUACACCAAGCUAAAUCUAUGUUCCAAACAUCCUCGUCAGAAUCUAACUCAGAAAUAGAUCUUAUCUCCACAAAUCCACUUGACAAAUCUAUGUUCCAAACAUUCGCCGACAUCGGUAUCGUCUCCGGUUCCGGAGAAGACACCGAUGAGACACAAAAAACAAUGAACCAAAAAUUGCAACAAAUGAAUAACAUUGUUUCAUCAUGUUCUAUUGAUUCUGAAAAUUCUGAUUCAGAAUAUUGUCCACCAUUAGCAACACCAACAAAAACAAGAACUGAAAAAGAUUCUUUUGAGAAAAGAGAACCUAAGAAGAGAGGAAGAAAACCAUUAUCAGGAACUCAAACACCAAUGAACCAUGUGGAAGCAGAGAGACAAAGGAGAGAGAAACUAAACCAUAGAUUUUACGCUUUAAGAUCUGUGGUUCCAAAUGUUUCAAAGAUGGAUAAAGCUUCUCUUUUAUCAGAUGCAGUGGAUUACAUCAAUGAGUUAAAAUCAAAGAUUGAAGAUUUAGAAUCAGUGCAACAAAAGGAAUCGAAAAAGGUGAAGAUGGAAACGAUGGAAAUUGUCGAUAAUAACAGUGCAACGACAACUUCAACUGUGGUAGACCAAAAAAGACCUUGUAAUGUUAAUGCGUUUGAGAUUGAUGUGAAGAUUAUAGGAAAUGAUGCUAUGGUGAGAGUACAAAGUGAGAAUGUUAAUCACCCUGGUGCAAGAUUAAUGAGUGUAUUGAAGGAUUUGGAGUUUCAGGUGCAUCAUGCUAGUAUAUCGACUGUUAAUGAAGUUAUGGUUCAAGAUGUUGUUGUUCGAAUUCCUAAUGAGAUGAACAAGGAAGAGAGUUUAAUUAGAUCCGCCAUUCUCAUGAAAUUAGGUCAGUAGUGAGUAGAAACUCGUGUCAUCUCAUACAAAUCAAUGGCUUUGCCAUUCAUUGUGUUGAAGAUAUUCUUCGAACACAAUUUGCUAUCAAUGUAUGUAUAUAAAGUUCCAACUGUUGUAUUAUUUCUUCUUUCUCAUUGAUUCCCAACAUCACACAUA